CCCAGGGCGAUUGUCAUAUGAUAGCUAAGAAGUGGCACAUUAAUGAAGCACCGCUACAGGGGUCUUUUCUGCUCCUGUCACUACUUAAAACUAUCAGAUGGUUGGAGGGAGGACAUGGAGGCAGGCACCUAGCUCCGUGUCGCCGCGGAGCCCACAGCCGCGCCCCGAGGAGGCCCUCGCACCCCAUCUCCCCAGCCCGCUGAGCACGCGGCCAGAAGCACAGCAGACCCGGCGGCUCGGGGCGCUGCGGGGCUGAGCGCCGGAGCUCAGAGGCUCUCGGAGCUCCUCGCCGAGCCCGGGAACCCGGCGAGCCCCUGGCUGAGCGCACACGGGCCAAGCUGCAGCGCCCCGGAUGCCGACUCGCAACUUGGAACAACUUUAAGAUCUCAGCAGCCGUAGUCCGACGCGGACCCCGAGCCAGCCGCGGGCUAGCACGAUGCCUCGGCCGGGCCGUAACACGUACAGCGACCAGAAGCCGCCCUACUCGUACAUCUCGCUGACCGCCAUGGCCAUCCAGAGCUCUCCCGAGAAGAUGCUGCCGCUGAGCGAGAUCUACAAGUUCAUCAUGGACCGCUUCCCCUACUACCGGGAGAACACGCAGCGCUGGCAAAACAGCUUGCGCCACAACCUCUCCUUCAACGACUGCUUCAUCAAGAUCCCGCGCCGGCCCGACCAGCCCGGCAAGGGCAGCUUCUGGGCUCUGCACCCCAGCUGCGGCGACAUGUUCGAGAACGGCAGCUUCCUGCGGCGCCGCAAGCGCUUCAAGGUGCUCAAGUCCGACCACCUGGCGCCCAGCAAGCCGGCCGACGCGGCGCAGUACCUGCAGCAGCAGGCCAAACUGCGGCUCAGCGCCCUGGCCGCCUCGGGCACGCACCUGCCGCAGAUGCCCGCCGCCGCCUACAACCUGGGCGGCGUGGCGCAGCCCUCGGGCUUCAAGCAUCCCUUCGCCAUCGAGAACAUCAUCGCGCGCGAGUACAAGAUGCCCGGUGGCCUGGCCUUCUCGGCCAUGCAGCCGGUGCCCGCCGCCUACCCGCUCCCUAACCAGUUGACUACCAUGGGCAGCUCGCUGGGCCCCGGCUGGCCACAUGUGUACGGUUCGGCGGGCGUGCUCGACUCGGCCGCCCCCAUCUCCAUGGCUAGCGGCGACUACGGCGCCUAUGGGGUGCCCCUGAAGCCUCUGUGCCACGCGGCUGGGCAGACGCUGCCCGCCAUCCCCGUGCCCAUCAAGCCCACGCCGGCCGCUGUGCCUGCACUGCCCGCGCUGCCCGCGCCAAUCCCCGCCUUGCUCUCGAACUCGCCGCCCUCGCUCAGUCCCACGUCGUCCCAGACAGCCACCAGCCAAAGUAGCCCCGCCACCCCCAGCGAGACCCUCACCAGCCCGGCCUCCGCGCUGCACUCAGUGGCCGUGCACUGACCCGCAGCGGCCCGCGCGCGCUCUGCGUCCCCGCCCCGCCAAGCGGACUCGCUGGGCCUGGCCCUAUAUUCCCGCCCACCCCCGAUUUGGGAACGCCACCCUGGCACCAUACACCCGACCCUCUCUCCUGGUCUCCCUAGCCGUGCGCCAACUCUCUCUCCCGGUCCCCUUCUCCCGGCUUCCACCCUUUCUCCUGUUCUCCUUCACCACGCGCCCACUCUCUCCCAGAACUUUGUUUUGGGCACAGGAGACAAAACACGAGCUUGCAGAAAGCCCUGGAAGGGAGGAGGGAGUUAUCUUGGGGUAGCCUGUGGGUGGAGGUAGGCUAGUGGCACCUGAGUCCUUCCACACUCUCCUCAGACCCAGUCCCGGACCGCGACCCUCCUCCCUUGCCCCCCCCCCCCACCCCCGGGGAAAAGCCUUCUGGCGCGUCAGUGAAGAGAUGCGCAUCCUCGCUCUGCUCUGCUGCGAGUAGCGAGCUCAGGCCUUGGCGCACUCGUUUCCAAGAGCCGAGACACCAGUGCGAGGAUUUCUCGCACAAACGCGCCCCGAGGCUCCAGCUGCACGGUGGAGGACAGGUCUCUGCUGGCGUGGAGGAGUGUGGCGGGAAGGGACUCCAUAAGCGCCCAGCCUGCUCGCCGCGUCCCAUCAGGCCGCCACUGGCGCUAGGGUUGGGGCAGACCCAGCAACCGCGAGCCUGGGGCCGGGCCUCCCCAUCUCCUCCGCACGGGUUGAGUUUGAUUUGGUUUGCUCUUGUUUCCUGCCCUAGGGCACAGGCGCUGGGAGUUAGGGGAAAGGCGGAGGAACUGGGCAGAGGACGCUGGUCCUCCACACAAGCAAAACUAAACGAAAAAUAACCUUGUGUUGUUUACAAAACGCCCCAUAUAAUGUAAACAGUGAACUGGAAAUCGUCUUGCUUGGCGGGCGAGGGGCAAAGCCCACUUUACAAUACCUGUUGUAAUGUGAAUGUUUACUCUUCAUUUUCUGGCCAGGUUUAGGGGAGUGAUGGGGGGGUGGUGGUGGUGGUGGUGGUGGUGGUGGUGGUGAAGAAGUUAAUUGGGACGUUAACUUUCCAAUUACUUAGAGACCUUUUAAACUAUUUAUUUUAUUGUUGGGGUGGGGGAGAAAAUGAAACAAGCCCAGAUCGAGAAAGCAUCCUGGGUGACUCUUGGAAGAACACAGAUAAGCUGAGUUGGUAACAAGGUGUCACCGGUAAGUCUCCCACGGACAAGCCUUUCUGUUUUCGUCAAGAACUUUCCAAGAAGCUAAAGGGCUGCGAAGAGAUGUAAAUGCUUGUGAAUAGGAAUGAUUAUACACUGUGUAAAAUGCACUUUUGUUUCCUAUAUUCCUUUAGAGUCUUAGGUAAUUUGCUGAAAAAACUAUUGUUCUGGUGUGACCUACUUAAGUUAAAAGAAAAAAAAAGUUGUAGUCAUCAAAGCUGUAAAAAUCUUACCUUUCAUUUUCCUUCCUCUCUGAACAGAAUUAGCAUGGCCUUUUAAAUAUUGAUGUUCUUGCCCCCAGCAUGCCUGUUUUAAGACAAAGAAUUUUAAAAAGGUGUCUACAUUAAAUUAUGAACCUAGUCCAAAUAAUAUUUUCUCAUUAAAAUACGUAAAUUCAGA